AUGACCUUCAGGACCCAAGCUUCGUUCAUCGGAGCCAUUGACCAGGGCACCACGAGCUCCCGCUUCCUCGCGUUUGACCACAAUGGCAACGUCGCAGCCAGCCACCAACUCGAGCACCAGCAGAUAUACCAGCAGCCAGGCUGGUGUGAACACGACGCGGACGAGAUACUGCGCAACGUCGAGACGUGUGUUCAUGAGGCGCUGGCCACGGCGCAGAUCGAGCUCUCGCAGCUCAAAGCCAUUGGGAUUACGAAUCAGCGCGAGACGGCGCUCGUCUGGGACCGCGAGACGGGCCAACCUCUGUAUAAUGCCAUUGUGUGGCACGAUACACGAACUUUGGACAUUGUCCACCGGUUACAUAACGGGGCAGGAGAGGGAUGUUUACAGACGGGGAAAGACCGGUUUCGCUUAAGUACGGGGCUACCUAUUGCGACGUACUUUUCCGCAGUCAAGAUUAUCUGGAUGCUGGAAAAUGUACCCAAUUUAAGAAGAAAAGCAGAAUUAGGGGACGCACUUUUUGGAACAAUCGACUCGUGGCUCAUUUGGCAAUUAAGUGGCGGAGUCGAUGGUGGCGUCCACGUGACUGAUGUGACGAACGCCUCUCGCACGAAUCUCAUGCGACUGGAUACGCUCCAAUGGGAUGAUGACAUUUUAAAAUGUCUCAAGAUCCCGAAAUCAAUGCUACCGGAAAUUCGCUCAAGCUCGGAAGUUUACACGGUGGGGCACAAGGAUAGUGUUAUCCCUGGGAUCGUUAUUUCGGGAGUUAUGGGGGACCAGCAAGCGGCACUCUUUGGUCAAGCCUGUUUCUCUCCUGGCGAAGCAAAGAAUACGUAUGGAACAGGAUGCUUCUUUAUGAUGAAUACCGGAACGACACCCACACCUUCUACCAAGGGUCUACUUACUACAUUGGGCUACAAGAUUGGUGACCAGCCGGCUGUGUAUGCACUGGAAGGCUCGAUCCCUUUUGCAGGAUCGCUCGUGCAAUGGCUGCGUGACAAUCUCAAGAUGAUUCGCAGUGCAGAGGAGGUCGAGGAGUUUGCAAAUCAAGUCCAGGAUAAUGGUGGUGUGUAUCUUGUGCCGGCGUUCUCUGGGCUCUUUGCGCCGCGCUGGCGUGAUGACGCACGUGGUGUAAUGGUCGGUCUGACGUCGUAUGCUACCCGUGAGCACAUUUGUCGAGCUGCUCUGGAAGCGACUGCAUUCCAGACACAGGAGGUAGUGGCAGCUAUGGAAAGCGACAGCGGCGUCCAUCUCACAAAGCUGAAAGUUGAUGGUGGUAUGGUGGUGAACCAUACGCUCAUGCAGUUCCAGUCAGAUGUGCUAAACGUGCCAGUAAUCCGUCCAGCAGUAGCCGAGACGACAGCCCUCGGUGCCGCGUACGCUGCUGGCUUGGCUGUUGGUUUCUGGCAGACAGAAGAUGAGCUGCGCGAGAAUUGGCAGGUUGGCACCACUUGGAACCCCGGUAUGGAGCCUGAGAAGCGUAGCCAUUUUAUCCACCAGUGGCACAAGGCUGUUGAGCGAACUCUGGAUUGGGAGGAGCAGGAUUGA